CACAAUUGCUACUUAUUCGCUUUUAACUGCCUAGCCGAUAAUGAAGUUUACCGCCACUACUCUCGCGGUUGUUGCUAUUGCCGCUGCCUUUGGUUCUGCCAAUGCCGGCCUCUCCACCUGCUCCAAAAAGAUUGCACUGCAGCUGACAAAUAUCUACGAGAACGGCGACACAAACAUUCAUGACGGCCGCGGCUACACAGCCGGUAUUGCUGGGUUCUGCACAGGCACUGCUGAUGCCUGGGAAGUCAUCAAGAAAUACCACAAAGCCACAGGUGGCAAGGACGUGUUCAGCAAGUACGACGGCGUGCUGAAAAAGUACGCUGAUACAGAGAGCGGGUCAACUGCAGGCCUGAGUGGCUACUGUAGCACAUGGGAGAAGCUCGGCAAGUCUGAUGCCAAGUUCCGUUCUGCGCAGGAUAGUAUCCGCGACAGCAUGUACUUCAACCCGUCGCAGAAUCUGGCCGACAAGCUGGGUGCUAAGCUCGACGUGACCCGUGCUCAGCUCUAUGACACGACAAUCCAGCACGGCGAAGGUUCAGACCCAGACUCGGUCGGCGCACUUAUCAAGAAGACGAGCAGCUCGUUCAAGGCUGACGCUAAGGGCUCCGGACACAAUGUCGACGAGAUUGUCUGGCUAAACAAGUUCCUCAAAGUCCGCAUCGCUGAUCUCACAAACCCUCACAACAAGGAGACACAGAAGGAGUGGGCCAAGAGCAUCACUCGUGUCAAGUCGUACCAGUAUGUGGUCGCUCAGAAGCAGUACAAGUGGGGUAGUACGAUCAAGGCUCUCAACAACGAUGGAAAGCAGGUUGCACGGUGAAGUGCUAGGUGGUAGUGGUCUUAAGUGCGGGCUCGGUAAUUCGGC